AUGAGCGACAAACGCCCCUCCCCGAUGCUCCGCAAAUUCCUUGAAUACAAUGACUCGGCAGACACGUUAAGGCACAGCCAAACAGCAUCUGACAAUUCAGCUGAAGAUGGUUGGCCUAUAGAUCCGUCUCAAAGAGAAUAUUGUUUUUUCUACGGGACAUUAAUGGAUCCACAUACGCUCUGUCAAGUCUUGAAAUCUUCAGAGCGACCCCCCAUCAUGCGUCGUGCUAGAGUGAUAGGGUUUGAAAUCAAGCUGUGGGGGCCCUACACUGCCCUUCUUGAUGGAGAGCCAUUCCUGACUGUUGAAGGGGUUACUUUCAUGUGGGAUGGACAACGGGAUGAACUACAGGAAGGCACAUUUGACUUGAAGCAAUGGAAAAAGGAGAAGCAGUUGGGAGAUUUAGAUUGA